ACAGCUUCCAAGAUGGUGCUUGAAAGUACUAUGGUUUGCGUGGACAACAGUGAGUACAUGCGCAAUGGGGAUUUCUUACCGACCAGACUACAGGCGCAGCAGGAUGCUGUCAAUAUCGUGUGUCACUCAAAGACGCGCAGCAACCCUGAGAACAACGUGGGCCUUAUUACAAUGGCCAAUAACUGUGAGGUGUUGACCACUCUAACCCCCGACACGGGAAGGAUUCUGUCCAAGCUUCACGCUGUGCAACCCAGGGGAACCAUCAGUUUCUGUACAGGCAUCAGAGUAGCACACUUGGCUCUGAAACACAGACAGGGGAAGAACCAUAAAAUGAGAAUCAUCGCCUUCGUGGGCUCUCCAGUGGAGGACAAUGAGAAAGAUCUGGUGAAAAUGGCCAAACGUCUGAAGAAGGAGAAAGUCAAUGUGGACAUUAUUAACUUUGGGGAGGAGGAAAUGAACACGGAGAAAUUGACUGCGUUUGUGAACACUCUGAAUGGAAAAGAGGGCACCGGCUCCCACCUGGUGACUGUACCCCCUGGUCCCAGCCUGGCCGACGCCCUGCUCUCCUCACCCAUCCUGGAGGGGGAGGGAGGCACAAUGAUGGGCCUGGGUGCCAGUGACUUUGAGUUUGGGGUGGACCCCAGCGCAGACCCCGAACUGGCACUGGCCCUGAGGGUGUCUAUGGAGGAGCAGAGAGCGCGGCAGGAGGAGGAGGCGCGCAGGGCGGCGGUGGCCUCCGCAGCGGAGGCCGGAGUAACAACCCCGACCGUGGACGGUGAGGCAGAAUCGGACGACGCCCUGCUGAAGAUGUCCGUGGCCCAGUCGAGCGGCGGCGGCGGUGGCACCGCGGUUCUGCCCGAUUUCAGCCGCAUGACAGAAGACGAGCAGAUCGCCUACGCCCUGCAAAUGUCCAUGCAGGGAAGUGGACAGGAGUUCACUGGGGCAGAAUCUAUGGACACGGAUGCAGGAGCGGCUGUAAACACUGAGAGUGCUAAGGAUGAGGAAGAUUAUGAUGUAAUGCAGGAUCCAGAGUUCCUACAGAGCGUUCUAGAGAACCUCCCAGGCGUCGACCCAAACAACGAGGCCAUUCGGGAUGCCAUGGGCUCCUUGGCAACCAGGGGCGGAGCCAAACCACCAGCAGGGAAGAAAGAUGAGGAGAAGAAGAAAUGAACGAGGAGACGGACCGCAGCUAACAAAUAGAGUGACUGGCCGAGAUCUGAAAGAGUCACGGACAGCAAAUAAAACAUUAUACAUGCAUCCAGAACGAAGACUGUCUCUGACUAGAUUUCGGUUUGACCUCAGUCUCAUGAUCACACUUGUUAGAAAUUCAUUUUUUUGAGCGUGAUGUCGAUAAGAAGAGAGCAUAUUCUAGAAUUCUCAAGGAAAUAGUCCCGGUUCUAACAAAGCUUCUGUACACAGAGCAUUCAGAUGUAAGAUUCUAGAACCUUUUUUUCUGUGACAUCGCUCUCCUGUCCUUCCCAUUUCUAAUCUUUCACACUACCGGGGUUCUUUACUGAAAAUGGAUAACAACAAACUCAUUUUUCUGAAUAGAUAACAGUUAUUGUUUGUUUCUUUUUUUCUUUUCCAAGUUGAUUGAUUCUUUAUUCAUAGGAUUUCUUUGUUGUUUUUUUUAAAUAUAUCUCUGUAUUCACGUGUGUCUUGGUUAGUGCAUAUUGUGCAUAUUUUUUUUUUUAAUGGAGUAUUCCAAAUAUUGAAAUAUGCUGAGAAAUUUACAACAUAUGCCUGAUGUCUAAAUAAAUAUAAAUACUUUGGGUGAGAUUGGA